AUGAUUGAAACAUCAGAAGAUUGUUCAACAUAUCCAAUUGCCCAGGGCUUGUUGGCAGUCAUUGAAAAUGAAAAAAAGUGGACGUAUGGUAUCGAUCGAAAUCAUCAUUAUCAUCUGGCCUGGCACCGACAUCAGAACAACAGAAUGCAUCUCAGCACAAAACACGACAUGAAGUCACGUGCUCAGCAAGUUGGAUUGCUGCGUAACAAAGAAAAUGAUAGAAACAAAAAGAAAGCAAUGAAAAUCCUUUCCAACAAUAAAAGCAACAAACUAGAAAAUAAUGAAGACGUAACAUGGAAAGUAACACGAUCAGACAGACGGACAGCUCGGCAAACUCCGUUUGAAAUGCGCGCAAAUCUCAUGAGACCAGACAUAAAUUUCACACAAGUUCACGCUCAAUCAACUACAACAUAUUUCUUCUUCUUUGCAAUUGUUGCUGCAUGA